AUGCAGAUACUAUCUCUGAAUUUUUUAUUCUACACCAUCGGCGGUGUGUGGCGACCUAUCGAAUGGUCAUCGAAGUGCUCCAUAUAUUUGUACAAUGCGUACACCUUCUUCGUUAUGUAUUUAAUGAAUUUUUGCGCUUUGGCGUUUUGCAUGGAUAUUAUCCUUGUUGUUGAUAAUGUGGACGAUUUUACCUCGACUUCCCUAAUAUUCUUUUCGCUUGUCGUUACGAUAUGCAAAGGAGCUAUUGCCGUAAUUCGUCGCGGUGAAAUUAUUAACUUGGUCAAAAUAUUACAAGAGAAACCAUGUAAACCCUGUGACGAGGAGGAAAUUGACAUUCAGAAGAAAUACGAUCGUUUAAUUAGAUCGUGUUCCAUAAGUUACGUGCUUCUAGCAUCGAUGUCUGUUACUGCUGGUACAAUAGCAGAAAUUUUCGUUACUUUACAAGGCGAAUUACCUUUUAGGGCGUGGGUACCCUAUGAUUAUAAUUCGCUCUUUUUAUUCUGGCUUACAUCCCUUCAUGAAAUAGUAGCUAUGAUUUUCGCAACGCUUGUAAACAUUGCUACAGAAACUUUGGUACUAGGAUUUUGCUUGCAAACAUGCGCAAAACUUGAGAUUCUUAAACAUCGUCUUCAAGAAGUGGUGAAAUUUAACGAUAAGAUUGAAAUUUGCAAGAAUUUCAACAAUAUGCCGAAAAAGACAAGUAGAUUAUCAGAACACAUUUGUUAUCAUUUAUGUAUAAUCAGAUUUGCCGAACUGGUCAAUGAUAUAUUCAACCAAGUAGUAUUUAUCCAAUUUUUUACCAGCAUAAUUGUAAUAUGUUCCAGUGUGUAUUAUCUGUCUUCUCAUAUAAUGUUUAUAGACUUCAUGCACUUAGCAAUUUUUACAUUCUGCAUGUUUGUGCAGAUUUUUGUUUAUUGCUGGGCAGGGAAUGAAGUUAUACUUAAGAGUGUUGAAUUAAGUGAAGCAGUGUACCAAAUAGAUUGGAUGCUGCUGACGAUCAGCGAACAAAAAGAUCUUCUGAUGAUUAUGAAGCGCAGCACAAAACCUAUCAAAUUUACCAGCAGCUUUUUGGUGACAUUGUCUUUGGAUUCGUAUACUAAUAUUCUCAAAACGUCUUAUUCUGCAUUUAACCUUUUGCAACAAUCUUGAAAUUCAAACAAUGAAAAUUUAGGUUUUUACAAUGCACACUGUA